AUGGCGAGGAUGGCGAUGACAGCGAGGAUUCUGAUUAUCAUGGCAGGCUUCUCCUCCUCCUCCUCCUCCUCCUCCUCUCUCCCCGAUUCCGAGCACUUCUCCUCGCAGUCUCCCUCUUCUCCACAGUGCAAAGUCUCCCCUGCCCUUGAUGGAACCCGCCUUCGCUCUUCGCCGAUCCCUGGAACUCUGUGCCCCUGCAGCAAGUCUGCAUCGCUGUCAGUGGCCCUGGCGCCCGACGAGGGAGGCUGGUCUAUGCGCUGGCAAGUCAUGGAUGUGAACUCUCCAGCAGUGCAGCAGCUCUCCUUAGACAUCGACCUCUCAUCUCUUCCUGCUCCGGCGCCGUUGGUGGUGCAAGUGCAGUUGCGUCAAGGGAUGGAGGUGCUCGCAGUGAGGGAGUACCUGAUGGAUGAGCAUUUCUUAUCUAACAGCUCGAGAUGCCUUUCAUUCGUAUACGAGGACGCGAGCCCUGGUAUGUAUGCAUUCAUGGCGCUCCUGCACCGGAUGGAGGGCGACGAGCUGGAGGUUGUCGCCAUCGGGGAUCACAGUGUGCGGGUGGUGAACGCGUCAGAGCCGGCAAUGGUCAUGGAGCAUGCGACCUUGCAGGAGAGGGAGAUGUCGAUUUCCAUCCGCCUGCGGGGGAUGACUGGGGGUAACCUGCUGCUCGUCCUCGUUGUCACAGAGGUGAACUCGUUGGAGCAGUCCAGAGAGAUGCUGGUUCUGCAUAUGAACAGCUCCGAGCAUGUGCAGGACGUGCGAGUCUCUGCUCCGGGAGGAAGCGAGUAUCUGAUAUUAGCGACUGUCUCGGAGCUCGAGAACCGAGCCAACAGCUCUAUCGCUGCCAAACUCACCGUCCGCAAGUUCCUCAAGGUGUCCAGGUGCAACGAGAUCUGCGUGCUUGAGGACGAUUUCUCGCGCUCUCAGCGACUACCAGCAGAAAGGAGGAGCGCAAAAGAAGCUUCCUUCGUCCGUUCCGACAGUGUGAAGCUUCGCUACCGUCCACAUCCGGAGGAAGUACUUUGCAACCUGGUGAUGAGUCCCGGCACUGACCAUCUCGUGGCUGGAGUUCCGUUCAAGGCUUCUAUCAAAGCAAUAGGCCUGGUGCCUGGUUGCAGAUACAGGGUCCACUUGACCUUUAGGCACAAAGAGAAGCAAGUCAUCCUUUUUCAUCAGGCGGGUGUCGUGGUUGUCGACGGCUCGACGGGCUCUGUAGGAGUUGUACACUUCGAUGUCCCGUCCGCAUGGUCAGAGCAAGUGGUGAUGGUGUCGGUCUUGUACGACUACUUCGCAGAGCAUGAGAGCGACGAUACUUUGCUCGCGUACUUGUCCCGCAAAGUCCAAGCCCUGCAGCCCUGCAUGGUCUCAUACCUCUGGACCUCCGGAAACCCUCUCUUCCAGGGUCAGAUGCCGUACCAGCGAUCUCCUUUCUCCAUGUCAGUCAGAGCAACCAGGAGGCUGCGAGAAGAUGAGCUGGGCUUGACCUUGUCCACCGUCGCGACCCUUGACAGAGCUGUCGUGCUCAUCAAUGCUGCGGCGCAGUGGAAUGAGCACGUGGCGGUCGCUUUCUACGCCCGCAGCAUGUCAGAGCAAGAGCAGAUCAAGACGCUGGUGCAGCAGACACUAGGGCCAUGGUUCAUCGAGAGAAACAAGACGCUGGAAGCUACCCUCCUGACGUCUUGCCCUGACAAGGACAAACCUGGUAGUCUCCUGGUGUUUCCGAUCAACAUGCUCAGAAAAAUUUCAUGCGCCAUAGCUCGCACGGACUUGGUCUUGUACGCGGACGUAGACAUGCUCGCGUCGGAUGGACUGGCGUCCAACAUACGGCAGGCGUACCAGGACGGGAAGGUCGGGCCGACGGAGCUGCUGGUGAUCCCCUCCUUCAAGACCUCCGGUUCCUGGCCCAGGGAAGCCGGCAUCUCCCUUGAGGAGCAGCGUAUUCGCGUCGAGCCCGCCUCGAUCUCCAUGGAGGCCUUGCGGCUAAACUUCGAGGGGCGUCAGGUGUGGAUCCCCGGACUUGACAUGGGCAUGUGGUCAACGACUGGCAGAUGGCACGAAGCUGGUGUGUUCCAUGCGGGAACUGAGUACGACAGGUGGAUGGAGGCAGAGGAGACGUACCAGGUCAAGUACAUCCUAGGCUACGAGCCCUACGUGGUGGUCAACCGGAGCGCCUGGCGGGGGAGCCACGGCGUCGGGCUGUACGACGAUCGCUUUGUGCAUUGGGGAUGGGACAAGGUUUCCCUCGGGGUGGAGGCUUGCAACUUGGGCUACACCUUCACGGUUCUCCCCAAGAGCUUCCUCAUGCAUGGGUCGUCGGCGAUCGAGAGCGUCGAGCACUUCGUGUUUGACAGGCUCGCCAUCGUCGCGCCCCCCAAGCAGGGGGCUAACACUGGCUGGGGCCCCCCGGACACGCACGGCCGGGAGCUGCUGCAGAGGCUCUUGUCAGACUACUAUACGGACGUGCAGCCCCAUGUUCCGAUCCGCUCCUGCCUCAUCAGAGCGUUUAGGGACGACAAGUGCGACAUCAGUCGCAUCCACCUUGUCCAGAGCACAACGCUGGAGCUCGUGGGCAGCGAGCAUCUCGUCCACCUUGACAUCUUCGGGCUCUCCAGAGCGACGGGAUACCAGUUGUCGGUGCAGGCGUACAGGCACGCUGGCGAGGGCGAAGUUGAAGAGGACGGGAGCUUCUUCUUCCUCUUACUGCCCGGUACUCUGGUUGAGGACCCUCACGGUAUGUCGGUCUCAGUCGGGAGGCUCUCACCGGGACUUCACACGGUACGAGUGGAGCUGAAGGAUCUGCAUGCGGCGAAGCUCCUGCUAGACAAGGCGAUCCUUGCUUGGGGCGAGCACAAGUACGAAGUGCCAUAA